GCUUGACUCCAGGAGCCGCUGUCAUCUGAGCUCCAUCAUGGAAUAAACAUGGCGCACAACAGGAGCAUCCUCUUCGAAGCUCUUCACGUUGACAGUUUCCAGGUGGGAAAUUAAGAACAUUUUGGAAAACAUUGAGAACUAUUUAACGUGUGCACACUCUGGACAGAUCAGAGACCAGGCGGGAUGGAGGCUACAAGCACAGCUGGAGCUUCUCUCUCUCUGGUGAAGAGAAGCGGACACAUGAUGCGAGUGUGGUGAGCAUGGAGGAGAUGGACAGGCAGCAGCCGACCCCCCCCGAGGAGAAAAAGGCUCCCACCCUGAGGCACUUCACUUCCUCUGACCCCUUGAGGACUUAUGAAAACCGGCCAAACAAUCACAUGAGGCCUCUGAGCAAGCUGGUACCCAAAAACCUCAGCGAGGUCCCUCUCACCGUAGCAGCGCCCCCUCCCAUGCCCAACAGAACCAACUAUUUCAUCAUCAGGCCCGCGCCCUCACCCGGGAUCCUUCUGCAAGGACGCCACUUUCAGCACGCACAGAUUCCCUCUGCAAUAAGGAAACCAGUCCAAAGAAAUGACUUCUCCAGCACACAACAAGCUGUAGAAGUGGACAGCAUCGUCCUCACCUGUCCAGAUAUCUCAGACGAUGAGAGUGUGAACGUGAAGCGACGCAUUCAGCAGAAGAGGAAAUCGCUGGACGGCUGCGGUGGUUUUCCUGAUCAGGUGAAAGCAGCGGAGCCUCUCCGGCCCACCAUCUAUCCGGCCGUGUGCUUGAGGUGCAACAAGCCGUGUGAGGACAUCAAGUGUCCGAGCUGUGGGAACAUGGCGCCGGUGCUUCCCUGCCAGCAGGCUGCGCUGUCGUCCCCGACCCCCCGACCCCCCAUCAGGUCCCAGCCCUCCCCCGGACCAAACAGCCUGCAGCAGAACUUCUACAAACCGGCCACCACCAUGAGGGCGCCGCAUGGCGAGACCCUGCCAGUACGGAUCUCCAGCAGAGGAACCCUGCUGCCUCUGAACAACGGCAGGUCCCCCCUGUUAGCCGGGACGUCGAGCUGCUGCGGCACCCGGAACCCCCCCAAGGGGAAGAGGACGGCCCAGCAGCACAAGCUCAACGAUCCCAUCGUCCUGUCCAGCGACGAUGAGGAGGAGGCCGACAGCGGCAGCACAGGAAGCGUCAACCGACUGGACAGCGUGUCCCCCCGACCCGCGGACUCGGCCCACUCCUCGCCGGCGCCCUCUGGAGGCCGAGUGGAGGCGGCGGUGAAGAGAGCCGGAGAGCAGGAGGAGAUAAACUCUGAAUUCUUUGAAGACGUCAACAUGAAGGUGACGAUACCACGGAGGUCUCGGAUGAAAGACCAGUUUGGAAAUCAACCUGCUGAGCCGUUCUCACCAAAGACCAAGAAGCCCAAGUGCAUGCCCAACAAGUGCGCCAGCAUCAUACUGGAGUGUCGGAGCGUAAGAGUAGGAACUCUACGCAGGAUGGUGACCAAACCUGUCGUGUUUUCCAUCGAACACAUCCAGCUGGAAACCGAAGGUGCCGAGCCCAGCAGCGUGGAGCAGGUGUGUCUCCGGGCCUCGGAGCUGAUCAGCUGUGAGUGGUGCAGCGUGAGGAAGCUUCCCGUCCUCUUCUUCCAGACGACGCCGGAGGAGUGCGACCGCCUGCGCACACAGCUCAACAUGACCCAGGAGGGGGGGGGGCUCUGGUACGACUGCACCGGGGAACAGACGGACGAGAAGUACAUCGUGUUGAUCUUCGAGAACGGCCUGGUGAUGAAGGAGCAGAUGAUCCUGGAGGACAUCCUGGGAGAGAUCGGCCGGACCAACAACCUCAUGAACUUCCCGACCAAGGUUCCCUUCGAAGAGGCCAACAUCCGCCUGGUCAACUACAACAAGGCCACGAGGCAGAAGGAGGACAAGACGAAGCCGAUACAGUCUCCUCCCAGAGUCACGCAGGUCUCACCGCUCGGCAAAGUGUCUCCGCUCCCGAUGCCCGUCCGCACGCGGAUGUCCACCCGCCAGCACACCAGCACCUACUUCGAAGACGAGGACGAGGACAUGACCGACCUGCAGCCCACCUUCUCCGGACCAAUCAUCAAGUUAAUGGUGUAUCCUCCUCCUCCAGCCAAAGGUGGCAUAUCAGUCACCAAUGAAGACCUCCACUGCCUUAAUGAUGGGGAAUUCCUCAAUGACGUUAUCAUAGACUUUUAUUUAAACUAUUUAGUUCUAGAGAAAUUGAAAAAAGAAGAUGCACAAAGAAGCCACGUGUUCAGCUCCUUCUUCUACAAGCGCCUGAACCAGAGGGAGCGGAGGAACGUUCCAGACACGACCAACCUGCCAAUCCAGAAAAGGAAGCACAACAGGGUGAAGACGUGGACUCGGCACGUGGAUCUGUUCCAGAAGGAUUUCAUCUUUGUUCCCAUCAACGAGUCAGCUCACUGGUACCUGGCUGUCAUCUGCUUCCCGGGCCUCGAGGGUCCGCUGUACGAGCAGAACCCGCUCUACCCCGGCUCGGCAACAGAUCCCACAUCAGUAGAGAACCUCCCGGACCACUGCCGCCCUCUGUCCCCGGACGGAGACGGGCUGGACAGCUCCUCGGAGCAGCCGUCCCCCGGCGUCCCCGAGGCGUCUGGAGACACUGACAGCGACCUCGCCAAGGAGAGCUCCGCCUUCACAGACAGGAGGCCGGAGCCGUCCAGCAGCUUCCAGGCCAAUGGAGAACCACAGUACACGAGCGAGUUGCACAGAAUCAGUGUUUGUUACGGUUCAACCCGAGGAGACGAGGACGCCUUCACCUUCUCUGACGACCAGAGCUCCUGUCAGGACGAGUGCAGUGAGGACGGGACGGUGGCCGAGGACACGCUGGGCGCCGCCGACGUCUCUGGUUUGGUUUCCAAACAGAACAUCUGCAAACAGCCUUGUAUCCUCAUCAUGGACUCGCUGCGGGGUCCGGCCCGGUCCACUGUGGUGAAGACUCUGAGAGAGUACCUGGAGGUGGAGUGGGAGGUGCGUAAAGGGACUCAGCGCAGCUUCGGGAAGGACGUGAUGAGGGGGUCCAGCCCUCGUGUGCCUCAGCAGGACAACUUCAGCGACUGUGGAGUUUACAUCCUGCAGUAUGUGGAGAGCUUCUUCCAGAAUCCGAUCCCCAGUUUCCAUCUCCCAGUGAAUCUGUCCGACUGGUUCCAGCAGCAGCGAAUGAAGACGAAGCGCAAAGAGAUCAAGGAGCUGAUCCUGCAGAUCCAGACUCAACAGGAGCUGAGCAGGGACGGCUCGGACCAGGUCCGGGCUCCACCCGCCUCCUUCGAGGAGCCCGAGAUCAAAGAGACUUCUGGGUCGACGGGCCGCCCACCAAACCUACACAUCAGCCCCUGAAAUG